AUGAACGGUAUACCGAGGUUCAAGCUAGUGAGAACAAAUAAGUUGGUACAAAUGCCAAAGUCUCCAAAUAAAAAAAUAAAUGAACCACAUGAAUACUUGAGUACCAAGUAUAACAACACUUCCGUUCUCACAGAGGAAUAUCGACAGAUGAUUGAGUGGACUUUUAAUGGUAUUAAAAAGCAAAGCCUGUGGGGGCCUUCAACUGGAGAAGAAUUUGAGUGUCAGUGUUUAUAA